CAACCAAACAGGCCCUAAAUCUAACCCGGUGGCAUUGACCCUGACACGAUGUAGUCCUCCCGCGGGGAAAGAACUGAUGAAUAGGAGAAGCAACCUAGCGAGCGUUGUAGGCAUGGCAACGGUCGGGAAGCCUCGUCCGUCUGGAGUUCCGCGUUGGUUCAGGUAUGAGUUCCGGGCACGACUUCGUGAUUUUGCGUCCCCAGAUGUCUUUUCCGGCGAAAGGCUGCAAGAGUCUUCGCUACGACGCGGGAAACCUGCUGGAGCUGUUUCCAAGCUCUCGGAAGCAUGUUCGCAUCGCUCUACGGCGCUAAGACCACCUUUUCCCGCGAAUGGUUCCGGUGCCUCUACCUCCGAUCGCGGCGUCAUCGACGACGUCUUCCGCGGCUUGGAGAAUGGCGCUUGGAAUUAUAUGCGAUGCUGCGUCUCUGAUCUCACCCCAUCGGUUGUUGUCGGCGUUUUGUACAAGUGCAGUGGGGAUUUGAGUUUAGGACAGAAAUUCAUAGAUUGGUUGGGGAAACAGUCGGGUAUCCGGCACUCUUCGGAUUCCUUGAGCGCCAUGAUUCAUAUCCUGGUUCGGAGCCGAAGGCUCUCGGAUGCACAGGCUUUGAUUCUGAGGAUGGUGCGGAGACGAGGGGUUACGAGGCCUGCCAUUGUUGGAAGCUUGGUAGGUACUUACAAACAUUGUCAGUCGAACCCAUUGGUGUUCGAUUUGUUGGUUAAGACUUACGUCCAAUCCAGGAAAUUGAGGGAGGCAGUGGAGGCAUUUAGAAAUCUGAGAAGUAGAGGCGUGUCGCCAUCAAUUCAUGCUUGUAAUAGCCUCUUGGGAAGUUUAGUGAAAGCACAUUGGGUGGAUAUGGCGUGGGAGGUAUACAGAGAGGUCCUUGAUAGCAGAGUGGGGAUGAACAUUUUUACGUUUAACAUAAUGGUUAACGCGUUGUGCAAGGAUCGGAUGAUUGGGAAAGCUAUGGAAUUCGUAUCUGAAAUGGAAACCAAGGGAGUUCCUCCAGAUAUUGUAACAUAUAAUACGUUGGUAGACGCGCACUGUCGUGAAGGUCUUGUUCAGGAUGCAUUUGGAUUGCUGGAUGUCCUCUCCAUCAAGGGAUUGCGGCCUGACAUUGUUACCUACAAUUCUCUCGUUAAUGGACUUUGUCGAAAAGGGGAGUACGUGAAGGCAAAAGAACUUGUAGCUGAUGUGUUAAGAGCUGGAUUGAUUCCGAACACAUCAACAUACAAUAUUUUGAUUAGUGGCUGCUAUGAGAGAGGCAAUGCUAUUGAAGUUGCUGAAAUAUAUAAGGAGAUGAGAUCUUAUGGCCUUGUACCAGAUAUUGUCAGUUACAGCUUACUCAUCGGUUUCUUUUCUAGGAAAGGAGAUCUUAAUACUGCAUUAAUGCACUUUGAAGAUAUGAAGAUCGCCGGUUUGGUUCCUGACAGCGUCAUUUAUACGAUGUUGAUUGAUGGAUUCUGCAAGACAGGUCAAACUACUGAGGCUCUAAAUAUCCGGAACGAGAUGGUACAAAGAGGUGCUCUUCCAGAUAGUGUUACAUACAAUGCAAUCAUGAAUGGAUUCUGUAAGGAGAGAAGACUAGAAGAAGCUGACGAAUUGCUUACAGAGAUGGUUGAAAGAGGAAUUGUCCCGGACUAUUGUACAUUUACCACCAUUAUAGAUGGUUACUGCAAGAAUGGGUAUAUAGAAAAAGCUGUGAAUAUGUUCCAGAGAAUGAUGGAACAGAAUAUCAAGCCUGAUAUUGUGACAUACAAUACUCUGAUAGAUGGGUUUUGCAAGGAAGGUGAUACCGAGAAGGCAGAAGAAUUUUUAAAUUCUAUGAUCUCGUGUGGCAUCUCACCCAAUCACAUUACCUAUAGCAUUUUGAUUGACGAAUUGUGUAGCAAGGGUAGUAUAACUGAUGCAUUAUUUUUAUGGGAUGAAAUGAUUAAUAAAGGUAUUAAACCUAACAUUGUAACAUAUAAUUCUAUUAUUAAAGGCUACUGCAGGUCAGGAAGUGUGAACAAGGCAGAAGACCUUUUGAAGCAGAUGAGUGCAGAAGGUAUCAUUCCGGACAAGAUAACAUAUAAUACACUAAUUCAUGCGUAUUGCAAACAAGAAAAGGUCCAAGAUGCUUAUGCUCUUGUGCAUAUGAUGGACAGUCGAGGGAUACAUCCUGACAUUGUUACGUAUAAUGUGCUUUUGAAUGGGUUCUGUACUCAAGGUAUACUGGAAGAAGCUGAGUCUAUCUUCAGAAUAAUGACCGAUAGAGGCAUAAUGCCGGACAAAUCAACAUAUACAUUUUUGAUGAAUGGGUAUGUUGCUUCAAACAAUUUGAAGAAGGCAUUCCGUCUUCACGAUGAGAUGCUAAGGAAAGGAUUCCUAGUUGAAGACCAGUUCUGACCUCUUCAUUUUCUUCCUUUGUUUGUGUUGACGUUCUUUUCAAUCAAGACUGCAGGGGAAACUCCCUGCCUUUAAGAAACAUUUAUACUGAAUAUACAAAAGAACAGAGCAUUCAGAAAAAAGAUCAUGAUCAGCGUUCACCAGUCUCAUUCUUGCCACUAGCAACCUGCAAGGUUGUAACUCUAGUAGGGGACAGUGACUGUCGGAUGAGUCAGCUGCUAAAUGUUGGAGAAUUCUGGAACCAAAUGUUUCCAACUUUUCAAGCACAGGAAUCAACUAGUUAUGCGCAUGUGGAUCAUUGCAGCUAAGUUCUAGCUUGUGAGUAGGAGUAUAUAUAGACUGAAGCCACUAUCAGUAACAAGAGUAACAGCAUUUAAGAGAAAUUGUCUGAGUUAGCUACUGCAUGACCGAUCCUCGUGAAAGCGAAACAGCAGUCCUUGCAAAGAAGAUUUUCAUUCACAGAAUGGAGACACUUGAAAGUACUGCUUCACGAUUUUGUUGAGUAUAGCCCGUAUCCUGCUGUGCUAGCUUAUAUUUCUAUCACGUACCUUUUGUCUUGUUCCCUUGUGGGGUUAUGCUUUUGCAUCCAUUAAACUCUCACUCUUUGCCUGUUAUCAGUUGGAAUUUCUCAGGUUAUAUCGACCAACAGAAUAUAAGUCUCUCACACGCUCAUAUGCAGAGUCAACAUAAUCACCAAUUUAUAUGUUAUAUACUCUAAUACACAAAAUAAACAUAUACAGGGUUACCAGAAUCACCAUAUUACAUGUGAAUAUACUCUGAUGCACAUUAUAUAUAGUUAUAUACUAUACUAGUAAUAAAAUGUAUAACAAGCAUACUACAUAUAUUUGCAUAUUUUCUAUAUAAUAAAGCUCUCAUGGCCCAGCCCAGUCGCCAAGUUGUCAGGCCACAAGUCAGGACCCAAGGACAAUCAUGCCAAAUCACUGGGUUUUAAAACGUUUUUGCAUCAAUUAGUUGAUUAAGUUCUUUUAAUCAACCAAGACACAUGCAAAUGUGGUCUCAUGAUUUAGCCCUUUCGACCUGUAUACCUGUAGAUACAGUCCUUUACUACUAGUACAUCAAUUAUGGCUCCGUGUCCCUGGUGGUAUGUGCAGACAUGCAUGGGCACGUUCAUUUGGAUGCUGGUGCAUAGGAUCAUUAUUUAAGUAAUUUUCUACUAAUUUAUAAUAACAUUAGAAGAGUAUGGGCAAUUAAUUAAGAAAAGACUGCCUAUCUCAGUUUCUCUGCCACCUCGAGGUUGAGGAGUUUGUGGAGUUAAAAGGUCAUUUUGGCUAAUUGAAGCUUCUUAAAUUGUUUCUUGUCCUUGUGUUCUAAUAGACUAAUACCGUUACGGCAUAGAAAGUAACCCAGGGUGGGGGAGCUGUUACUGUGAAAAUGCUUGUUUUGUCUCUUGAAGCUUCAUAGAUUUAGCUAUCUAAGAUUCUAAAGUAUCAUGACACAAUCUGGAGUCCUUUGGCCUCUUUCUGUGGUACUUGGGGAAUUUUUAGUUCUUUUGAUAUCUAUGGCGGUACAGUAAUUCUAGCAAUUUUGAAUUGUAACUAACUAAGUAUAUUGAGAUGAGAUGAAAUUCUAUUUUAGAGCUAGGACGAAUCUUCUUGACUGCCUUGUUAGAUACCAAACUGGAGUGUGUGAAAGCCAGCCUGCUUCUGGAGACUGUUGAGGUCUUUUCAGUGGCAAGAUUCUUUAAAUUGUCAAAGUGAUGGCGUUGCACGAGAAAUUAAAUAGAAAAGGAGAUUUGUACAUUAUUGCUCGUCAUCAUUCACUGCUUGUUGUUACAAGUUGUCAUUUUUUUUUUUUCACUUUGAUAAUAUUUGAAAAUCCCAGGUUAUGUUUCACAUGUCUGAUAGAAGUAUCGAGGAGCUUUUUUGAUGGGAGGCAGUAUAUGGACCUCAGGGUUUUCCAGUUAUUCGGGAGAUGGGGCACUCGGCAUACUCGGAGGAUUUCAGUAGCCAUGCCAGUCUUAGCAUUUCUCUACAGAGGCUUGAUCCGGUUUUGCCAUCAGGGAGUCGUCCAUAGGCUACGGUUGUUGCCCACAUGUUCUUCAGGAUUGGUUCUAAAUUUGGAAGUUUUGGCUCUGCCCUUUGUCAGGUGGAUGAUGCUCUUGCCUCUUCGCUUUGUCGGGUGGAUGAUGCUCUUGCCUCUUCGCUUUGUCAGGUGGAUGAUGUUCUUGGUUGGCAUGUAUAUGUAAAUAUGUAUGAACUGAACGUUGUUACACAAGCUUUGGCGUGCUCCCCAUGCGCUCUAUAAGAUACUAUAAAAUAAUUUCAGUUGAUUUAAUGGUAUAAAUAGAUUCAACAUAGUUUCCUAAAA